CCAACUGCCUCCGAAGUUUUCAGUCUGCUACCCUCCCGUGCUCCUCGCUUCUCUCACGCCAGUCCAGCAGCCGAGAGGAAUCCAGUGCCGCACAAAUACACUUCAAUCCAAUCCAAUGCACCCAUGAUCCAAGCAACCACCAAAUCGAAGCUAACCAUGCUUCUGAGCCACUAGCAGCACGCCAGCAGCACGCCGGAGGGGGAGUCGACGAGGAGGAGGAGGAUCCAUCGAUCUGGCCGCGUGGUGGAUGUGCCGCUCCCCGUGCAGUCCAGACCGACGGCCCGCACGCCGGGGGUGAGAAGCCGAGCUUAGGAGGCCGCCGCGUCGAGCGCGCCUCUCCAUCCAUCGGCCUCCGAAUCCCGACCAUGGAAUCGCCGCCGCUGAAGCUCAACGUCGGCCGAGGUGAGGACAGAAUCAGCGCGCUCCCCGACGAACUCCUCCUCCGGACGCUCGAGCGCCUCGCCCUGCGCGACGCCGUCCGCGCCGGCGCAGUCUCAACGCGGUGGCGGCACCUCCCUCACCAGCUCUCGCUCGUGGCGCUCGGCAUCCGCCACUUCCGCCGCGCCACGCUGGCCGAGACCAUGGACGCGUUCGCGGCCGCUUUACUCUCCGUGUGCCCUCCGGCCGAGCGCCACUGCGAAUGCCAGCGCAGCUAUGCCAUCAAGGACCUCCGCCUCUGCUUCUACCCUUCGGCCCCUCACCUGAGCUCCAUCGGCCGCACCGUUGAGGACGUCCUCAGCUGCGGCAGGACCGAAUCCCUCGAAUUUCUGAUAUCCCUGCUGCCCGGGGAAUACACUCCCUCGCAGCUCGCCGAGUUCGGGCAGCAAUUGAUGUCCUUCUCCCGUGCCUACCAGGAUGCUUUCCGGUGCCUCACAAGGCUAUCCCUCAAGGGCCUUGCUUUCGGGGACUCAGACGUCAACGACCUCAUUAGAGCUUGCGAUAAGCUCAAGUGCCUCACACUGAUAUCCUGCAGACUAGUUCAUCGCCACUCUGUCCUCAAGAUUGACACACCGUUUUCUGGGCUCCAGGAGCUCGAGUUCAUCCACUUUGUGUGCAGGAGGAUCGAGCUCAUCUCUGUCCCCAAGCUCAGUAAAGUGAACUGCCACUGGUCCUUGAAGAACCCUCCGGUUCGCUUCGGCUAUGUUCCCGAGCUUUGCGAAGUCAGCCUCACUCGUCAGCCCAAGGUGUGGAAGGCGCCAUUCCUGCUGAGCAAGUGCUUGUCAAGGAGUGCAACGAACUUGUCGAAAUUGCAUCUCAAUUUUUGCCACCAAAUGAUUUGGAUUCAGCCGGAACAACCGAACCAGCUCGCUGUUAUAUUCAGCAACCUAACGGAUGUGGGGCUUUUCUGUAUCUUUCCUGAGUGUGAUCUGAGCUGGACCCUGUUUAUCCUUGAAGCUGCACCUGCCCUGCAGAAGUUUCAUUUAUCUCGAGCUCGACCAUGCGCCAAAGUGUCCGAGGAAGGUGCGGAGAAGACGAACGUGGUGUGGGGACCAUCCAAUGGUUUCAAGCACUUCAACUUGAAAUGGCUGGAGAUUCAAGGGCUCGAGGAGGAAGGCAAGGUCACAAAUUAUAUAAGGCUAGUCAUGGAACGAGCUGUGGGGUUGAAGAAAAUCGUGCUGCUUGGAGAACCCCCAUGCGAGGACUGCACCGACUGUGAAAUAAAAUCCCAGGUGGAUGAAGCAAGCAGACGUCGGGUUAAGGAGGAACUUGCCCAUGAAUCCUCCUCGUCCGUGGAGAUAAUAAUGCGCUGAAAGAUAUGGUGAAGGAAUGAUGGGUCUCAUAGCGCUCACAGGCUUUUGCACGCCUUCAGUCGUAAUUUUAAUUCUAGUUGUCAAAGGCCUUAGGAUACUUGGUUCGUGUGAACCUCGCAAUGUAGUAGCUGAAUUAUUUGUGUGCUGCAAUCUGGAAUUCUGGAUGCAUGUUUCUCUCUUUGAAUUUACCGAAAAAUUGCCUGCCA